UUAGAGGUAAGUGGGAAGUUUGAUCUUCUAAUGAUUGAUUGAAGUGAACUAGUACCUCGUUUGACUAUGCAUGAUGAUAGUUGGUGGCAGAGAUUUGGCCAGUUCCGGUGCCGGAUUCGUGAAUCAGAACCUCGCCGUGGAUCGGACGACGAUAAAAGCAAUUCCGUGAAUUGGAAGAUGGAGUCACCCAAGCAAGGGCCAAGUUUGAUUAACUUGCGAUACAAAACACCGGUAGAAGAUGUGCCGCCUCCGUAUAUAGAUGACUACGUGUUACCAAGAAGGUCCAGUGCUAGAUCAUACCACGGCAACUUUCCUUUAAAGCCACUUUUAGAUACUAUGAAGCGAACAGGAAUUGGAUUUUCCAAGCUACUAGAAAAGCACAGAAUGGAGUUCCAAACAGACUUUGGAUCUCUCCUUCAAAGGAAUGUGUAUAGUAGUACAGGGUGAGACCAAUGAAAAAUGAAUCCAGGUCGAAUCCGUGGAAACCGACAACUGCAAGAAAUUAAGGAAGUUGAAGGAGGCAACAAUUUCUUUUUUACCCGCAAGUAUUCAAAUACAGGGGUUCAUGUUAAAAUGAUACAUCGUAUAGAGCCUCCAAAGACUAUACCUUGUAUAACUCAAAUGAUUCGACAACUUACAAAGAAGUAUGAGCAGUU